AGGGUAUUGGUUCAGAAGCCCACUGAGAAAUAACUUUGCCUCCAAAUCCCCUCCGAGUAGCGUGGGCUGAAUUUGGGGUAUUUCAUUUCACAAUGUCUUUAGCUCCACCCAUCUCCCCUUAUCUCUAUUCUUCCCACUCUCAUCCGCUCCCCAAAUCCUGCCUUCCUAGCCAUUUGUCUUCCUUGACUCAAUGUUCCCAUUCCAAACUCUUUCCCUCACACUCUCUCUCUCAUCGUAGUUUCUCCACCUCCUCUUCAACCCUUCAUUCCCUUAAAUCCAAAACCCACGUUGGACUUGGAGAUUUAGGUGAUGCUGACCAACCUUGUGAAGAGUAUGAAGUGGAGCUGGAGCAGCUUUCCGGUUUGGAUUUUGCACCUGGUGCUUCUGCCGAUAACACUGGACUGUUCACCGUUGGGGAUAAAGUUAUUACUACCAGGCCUAAUUUUCAUUUCUCCCUCCACAUUUCUGGAAUAUGUCGGUUCCCGUUUCGUGCUAGUUCAAUUGUUCCCCACGUAAAAGAUUCCAUGACACACCUCUGCCCUCAAGCCUCGCUUCGGGCUUCUACUUCUUUUCCUGAAAAUUGUGUGGCUGAAGACAGGAGUUCUAUUUCGGUUUCUUCUGUUGAAACAAUACCGAAGGUCGACAAGAGCGGCAAAUUCUGUAGCCCCAGAGCUGCUAGAGAGCUCGCUUUGUCAAUUGUUUAUGCAGCUUGUUUAGAAGGUUCUGAUCCUGUUCGGCUCUUUGAGAAACGGUUGAAUACCCGACGAGAAUUGGGAUAUGAAUUUGACAAGACAUCAUUGAUGGAAUAUAAUCAUAUGAGCUUUGGAGGCCCGCCAGUUACCGUGGAAACAGUUGAAGAAGCAGAUGAGCUUUUGCGUAAGGAUGAAAAGGAUUCUAUAAUUGAGGCAGAAAUCCUCGCAGCCCCACCAAAGAUGGUCUACAGCAAACUGAUCUUACGGUUUACGCGAAAACUUUUGGUUGCAGUUGUGGACGGAUGGGACAGUCGUGUGCUUAAAAUUGAAAAAGUCAUUCCUCCAACUUGGAAGGACAAGCCAGCAAGACGGAUUCUAGAGCUUUGUAUUCUCCACCUGGCCAUGUCUGAAAUAACGGUCAUUGGAACAAGGCAUCAGAUCGUCAUUAAUGAGGCCGUUGAUCUUGCAAAACGAUUCUGUGAUGGAGCAGCACCCCGUAUUAUUAACGGGUGCCUUAGGACCUUUGUAAAGGACAUCAAAGAAAUUGAUUCAAGUCAUGCUCGAGAGAAGCAAGAAGUCCGUGCAUGACCCUGAACUUUUGGGGUGCCUCAGGACCUUUGUGAGGAUAUUGAAAAAUUUGACUCGACUCAGGUCAGUGAUGCUGAAGUCUGAACUUUCGGGGGUACGUCUAUUAAACUUGUUGCUGUCAAAAGCAGCCAAAGUGAAGUGAUGUGAAGAAUCUCGUACUUGCCGCAAACCACAGUAAAGAAUUUCAUUCCCUUUCCCCCAUGUAGGCGUGGAUUUCUACUAUAUCCAAAUAUACAUAGAGUUGAGUAAUGAGGUGCAUGAUGCGUUAGUGAAUCAGUUGUCAGAUUAAUCUAGUACUGGAGAGAUGUUAUAAUAUUCGUAACAUUAUCAGUGUAUGAAGUUUUAAUAAAGGUGUGAUGUGUGCCCGUCGCUCCAUGACUUUGGCAACCUCUUUUUUA